AUGAAACCGAGUGAGUCUUUAUCAAUGAUGUGUUCGUGUAGCUCUUCUGGCACCUCUUCACUGUCUGGGAGAGGAGUGUGCUGCACUCUAGAUGCCAGCGGUCUCCAUGGAUACGGGAUGGAUAGAACUUAGAAGUGGAGAAGAGAACGGGGUGUACAGUACUGAGCCCAUCAGAUGGAGGAGAGACGCUACAUAGACACACACAUGCUGUGUCUCGCUAGACUCCAGCAGGUCUGUAUAUGAGUCAGUUAGAUUUACACCUUCACUAUGUGACAACUUCUGUUACCCCUUCUGCUGGGACGGGGACACACACUCACCGCUCUUAAACCCUCACCACCCUCAUACACACACAGGACCAGACAGAUACAGAAAGCACUCAGAGGGCUUCUGUCUAGCAGCUCCUUCUGUUGUCAUGGAAACAAACAUUGAGUCAGCACUCAGUGUCUAGAGCCUUCCUGUAUACACACAGAAAUAUUACCCAAUGUCCCCUUGUGGGAUUAAUCAAGUUUCUUCAAAUUACCCUAUUGCACUCACACUCACUUACACUACCAGUCAAAAGUUUUAGAACAUCUACUCAUUCAAGGGUUUUUGUUUAUUUUAAAAAAUGUCUACAUUGUAGAAUAAUAGUGAAGACAUCAAAACUAUGAUAUAACACAUAUGGAAUCAUGUAGUAACCAAAAAAGGGUUAAACAAAUCAAAAUGUAUUUUCUAUUUGAGAUUCUUCAAAUAGCCACCCUUUGCAUUGAUGACAGCUUUGCACACUCUUGUCAUUCUUUCAACCAGCUUCACCUGGAAUGCUUUUCCAACAGUGUUGAAGGAGUUCCCACAUAUGCUGAGCACUUGUUGGCUGCUUUUCCUUCACUCUGCAGUCCGACUCAUCCCAAACCAUCUCAAUUUGGUUGAGGUCGGGGGAUUGUGGAGGCCAGGUCAUCUGAUGCAGCACUCCAUCACUCUCCUUCUUAGUCAAAUAGCCCUUACACAGCCUGGAGGUGUGUUGGGUCAUUGUCCUGUUGAAAAAUAAAUUACAGUCCCACUAAGCCCAAACCAGAUGGGAUGGCGUAUCGCUGCAGAAUGCUGUGGUAGCCAUGCUGGUUAAGUGUGCCUUGAAUUCUAAAUAAAUCACAGACCGUGUCACCAGCAAAGCACCCCCACACCAUAACACCUUCUCCUCCAUGCUUUAGGUGGGAAAUACAGAUGCGGAGAUCAUCCGUUCACCCACACCGCGUCUCACAAAGACACGGCGGUUGGAACCAAAAAUCUCCAAAUUGGACUCCAGACCAAAGGACACAUUUUCACCGGUCUCGUGUUUCUUGGCCCAAGCAAGUCUCUUCUUAUUAUUGGUGUCCUUUAGUAGUGGUUUCUUUGCAGCAAUUCGACCAUGAAGGCCUGAUUCACACAGUCUCCUCUGAACAGUUGAUAUUGAGAUGUGUCUGUUACUUGAACUCUGUGAAGCAUUUAUUUGGGCUGCAAUUUCUGAGGCUGGUAACUCUAAUGAACUUAUCCUCUGCAGCAGAGGUAACUCUGGGUCUGUCUUCCAUUCCUGUGGUGGUCCUCAUGAGAGCCAGUUUCAUCAUAGCGCUUGAUGGUUUUUGCGACUGCACUUGAAGAAAGGUUCAAAGUUCUUGACAUUUUCCAGAUUGACUGACCUUCAUGUCUUAAAGUAAUGGUGGACUGUCAUUUCUCUUUGCUUAUUUGAGCUGUUCUUGCCAUAAUAUGGACUUGGUCUUUUACCAAAUAGGGCUAUCUACUGUAUACCACCCCUACUUUGUCACAGCACAACUGAUUGGCUCAGACGCAUAAAGAAGGAAAGAAAUUCCACAAAUUAACUUUUAACAAGGCACACCUGUUAAUUGAAAUGCAUUCCAGGUGACUACCUCAUGAAGCUGGUUGAGAGAAUGCCAAGAGUGUGCAAAGCUGUCAUCAAGGCAAAGGGUGGCUACUUUAAAGAAUCUCAAAUAUAAAAUAUAUUUUGAUUUGUUUAACACUUUUUUGGUUACUACAUGAUUCCAUAUGUGUUAUUUCAUAGUUCUGAUGUCUUCACAAUUAUUCCACAAUGUAAAAAAUAAAUAAAUCCUUGAAUAAGUAGGUGUUCUAAAACUUUUGACUGGUACUGUACGUCUAUAGCAAAACACACAUACACCUACCCACAGACUUGACAGAUGUACAGGGUCUCUGCUGCCACAGGAAAACCCAGCUGGCCACAGGGGAAUGUCUCAGGAAAUGUCAACAGGAGAUAUACUGUACUAAGGUAUGUGCCCUGACACCAGACACCUGUGUACAUGCUGCAUGCUCUGUUCUUCACCACUGAGUCACUUGUUUCUUUCACACCUCCUCACCACCCAAGAGAAAGAGAUGACUCAAGCUACAGCCGGACUCAUCCUGGGCCCACUUUCUCCUUCUUCCCUCUUCUUUCUCUCUGUCUCUAUGAUUGUCCCUCGGCCUAUGUCUCUCCCCCUUCCCUCUCUGUCUACCUUGACUGGCAUGCCCACCUGCAUCUCUACCUCUCCAUCCAUCCCACCUAUCUCCACCUUUUCAAUCCUCCCCUACUUCCUAAUGGUUCUGCUCUCUCCUCUCUGAGGUACAUUUACUGCUUACAUUACAGGCUUCUGAACAUAGUGAUUUUUCUUGGAAAUUGCAUAAUGUAGGAAUAAAAACUAUAAUCAACUCGUUUAAAUAUGCUGUAAGUGCUAAGCAGGCAGGUAAUGUGCUUAAUGGUCAAAAUGUCAAGGAAAAUAUUCUGACAGCAGAACUCUACUGAUGACAUAACACAUCCUCUUCAAAGAGAGGAGAAGAGAAGAUGUAGACAUGAGGACAGAUAUAAAUACAGUUAAUAUAGAGCAGGAGAUUAGGAAGGAGAUGGGCUGCAUCUCAAUAGUCACCUCUCCUCAUAUGUAAUGAGACUGUGGGUGAAGAAGGUUCUAGUCCCUGAGUGCCAGUGAUCACAUGUACCAGCGCUGAUUAUACCACACCAGUGCUGUUUAUACCACAGGCAUAGGCUACACAUGCACAAAAUACACACACUGUCCCAGCCUCUAGAACCAUCCACGGGCAUUGGAUACAUCUGCCUGGACACAGCCAGCCAGCCAGCGAGAGAGAGAGAGAGAGAGAGAGAGAGACUGUUUUCUUUUACAAUGGAAUCCCAGCUCUCUCAAACAGAAGCAGAGCUGGAGUGUAGACUAGACUAGCCUUAAACUCCAUUCCUGGGAGCUCAAGUAAACCAACAACUCAAUGAGUGGAUGGAUGAUUUAAUGGAUUGGAUAAAAUGAUAACUGAAUUCAAUCAACUCCUCAGUGCAACAAAUUAUUGGGAGGGUACGACCGAUUGGUGGGCGGGUCCACCGUGGCUGACAGUGCGCAUUGAACAGUCCACCGGCAAAAUACUCAGCUGUCGCGCAGAGGAGCGGCGAGGGACAGUCAGUGAAGUCCAGAGACAAUCACUCGGACACCGUAAGACGGUACUGGACUAACUUACUGAAAGUAGGCAUAGUUAUAGACUUUCUGACUGGGGCCAGUUGGCUAUCAGGCUAUUUCAGUUUAUGGACAGGCAUUUGUUUUCUUCACUGCAGGACUGGCCGUUGUGUUAUAGUCUACGUACGCAGUAUUUCUCCUUUGAUGUUUUACAUUGGAAGUGGAAAUCAAGUGAUGAAGGUCUAUUUAAUUGAACAUCACAUACCGCAUAACUACCAUAUGUGAUUUGGAGUCAUUGAUGGAUUGGCAGUAAUACGGGGUUUUUGGUUUUAUUCAUUGACGUCAGAGCGUUCUACUGUUUGGUCACCGGCUAUUUCAGGUUAAAAUUAGCUUUUUGGUCUUCAUUUAAGGUUAGGGUUGGGCGUAAGGUUAGCAGUGUGGUUAAUGUUAGGGCUAUUGUAGAAAUAGGCGGGGUUUAGACAUAAUUAAGACUUUGUGGCUGUGGUAGGCCAACUAGUGACGACCGCUAUUUCAGAACAGGUGAGCGAUUGAACUGACGUCACAAGAUAAAGACUCGAGCGGGAUACCCCGGCGGGAGAGAGGAGAGGGACGGGGACAUGUUCGUCUGAUCUGCCGAUUUUCAGCUGAAAAUUAUCACUGGUAGGAAACGUUUAAUUUCGUCCCUCAUCUAGUGUUGUUUUUUCUCCCCAGCGCCGGCUGCUGUCAGUUUCCACGGCUGUCAUACGCUAAUUAAAGCCCAUGGAAUAUGCUGUGUUGCGCCUCUCCGGUUUCUGCAUUUGCCAAUCGAUAGGUUCGAUUAACACACAGAGAGUCGUUAUUGUCUCUGGUGGAACAGCAACUGCUCAUGAAAUUCGGUGCUGCGCGGAUCGACUCUAAAGCAAAGCUGGUGACCUGUGUGGUUUCUUUGUCUCGUUCUCUACGGUAGAGAUUCACGGCAGUGUGGGUAGGUUAUUUUGGCUACAUGAAAAAGAGAAACAGAAAAGCACCUAAAUAACAGCCGUACAUAGUCUACCAUAUGUUGUAGUUUAUUCAACGACGCUCGCAGGGAAUGUAGGUAGGAGACUGUCUACACUGACAGACGCAUGGUCAGUGUCAUAUUCAACAGCACUGCAGUUUCAUGAGGCUAUAGCAUGUAAUGCCUCUUUCUCACACUAUGUGCGUGUGAGUGUGUAUACCUGUUGUGCUUUAGUGUGUGUAGUAGCAGAUUGAGUGGUGCCAGAUGGAAGGAAAUUCCUCACAUGCACUAACUUUUAGCUUUUACUACACUGCCAUGGCAACACAACCAUACUACAUUACUAUAGCAACAUGGCAAGUUCCACAAAUAUAUCUAAUCUCAAUGGGGAAAAUACUUCUAGAUUCAUUAGAAUACUCACCUAUUUACUUACGUAGGUGUGUGUGUCUCACCAGAGAGUCAUGCUGGUGUGGAUCAGUUUGUCAGCCAUAGAUGUUAUAAAACCCUGGGCAUCCCUAACCCAGUAACCUUUCUCACACUCUUCCUCUACCUCCAGAGAGCCAGGUGUGUGUUGGGGGGUCACAGAGAGGUCGUUGCCAUGGGGAAGGACUACUAUAAGAUGCUGGGUAUCCCUAAGGGUUCUAACGAGGAGGAGAUCAAGAAGGCGUAUCGCCGCAUGGCACUGAGGUUCCACCCAGACAAGAACACAGACGCCAACGCAGAGGAUAAGUUUAAAGAGAUCGCUGAGGCCUACGAAGUUCUGAGUGACCCCAAAAAGAGGGUAAUCUAUGACCAGCUAGGAGAGGAGGGUAAGAGAGAGAGGCUCACUAUUCUGAGAGUGUGGUCGGUGUGAUUAUUAGAAGUGUCAUAAAGUCAUCUAUCUUUCUGUGUGGAUCAUUGUGUGAUAGAGCGAGAACACUGAGCAGACUCCUUUCCUUAUUUAGCUAUCCCCCAGCACCUCACCCUUCUGCCUCUACUGUCUGACAGUUUACCAGUCUAACUGUUCUCUCCUGUCUGACCAGGUCUUUCCACAGUGUGUUUCCAUCUCUCAGAAAGGACUGAAUCCAUGAGGUGGCGGAGAUAAGAAUAGCAAUGAGGUGGUGUGUGUGUGAGUGUGUUAAGCCCCCCCCCCCGAUCCCAUGGGAACUCUCUCGCCCAUGUGGGUUCUCUAUGACUGCUCCUCAAACUCCCUCCUACCUGCUGUAAACAACACUAAAACUCUACAGAGGAGGAAUUAGACUACAUCUCCAUGUGGGUGGGUGUGUGUGUGUGGUGAGUGUGUACUCACAGCCCUCUCUCCCUCCCUCUCUGUCUGUCAGGUCUAAAGGCGGGGGGCAGUAGUGGUCAGUCUGGGGUUCCUGGCGGGUCGUACCACUACACCUUCCAUGGGGACCCCCACGCCACCUUCGCAUCCUUCUUCGGCGGCUCCAACCCCUUCGACAUGUUCUUCGGACCGCACCGCAACCACCACAACCACCAUAACCGCUCCAAUGGCUUCCACUCUAAGGUCCACAACAACCACAACGACCAUGACAUGGAAACUGACUUGGAUGAGGAUGACCCCUUCGCCUCUUUCACACAUUUCGGCUUUCCCGGGGGGGUCAACGGCUUCCCUGGCCAUGGCGGAGGCAGGAGGAGGGGGGUGCAGUCGGAACGUCUGGGGGGGUCCAGGAGGCAGCAGGACCCCCCGGUGGUCCACGAGCUGAAGGUGUCUCUGGAGGAGAUCUUCCAUGGUUGCACCAAGCGGAUGAAGAUCACCAGGAGGAGGCUAAACCCUGAUGGCAGGAGCAGCCGUACAGAGGAUAAGAUCCUGAACAUUGUGAUAAAAAGGGGAUGGAAGGAGGGCACCAAGAUCACCUUCCCUAAGGAGGGGGACGAGACACCAGAGAACAUUCCAGCAGACAUCGCCUUUGUGCUCAAAGACAAAGGACAUACCAACUUUAGGAGGGACGGCUCCAAUAUCAUCUACACCUGCAAUAUCAGUCUGAAGGAGGUAGGAUCGGUCUGUCUGUCUGUCUGUCUCUGUUGCUCUGUCUGUCUGUCACUCUGUCUAACUUUCUUUCUCACAAAGCCUCUCUCCACAAAUACCUUCACAGAAAACUGUCUGCCUGUGGCAUUGCUUUGUCCAGACUACAAAACUCAAUGUUUCUCUCUGCCUCUCUUUCGCUCUCCUUCUAUCCACAAAUACCAGACAGAACACUCACACAGAACUGGAGGCCUGUGGUAUUACCCUGUUCAGACAAUAGGAUUUAACAACAACUAUUUUACCCUACACAACACUCACUGUGUCUAUUUACCUCUCUAGGUUUUCACAAGGGAAGUGUAUGUGUUAAUAUUAUUUUAGUAAGUAAGGAUGUUCUAAUAAAGUGCAUCAAAAGUCACGUCUCUCUGUCUUUCCUACUCUGACUCAGCGCCUCAGGCACCUCUAACAGCAGUACACUGGUGUUCAUGUUUCUAGCACUAGUCUUUGGGCAGUGCCGGGAGAUGUCUGUGUGUGCAGUUAAACAUCAGUACUGCACCUAAAAGGAACUGUUCCUCUAAUGAAUACACUACCUAGCUCAUCACAUCCCUCCAGUUUCUCUGUGAAGUGAGCUGAGCCCAAGGUGGGCAGACUGAGUGCUGUGCAGAAUGUAUCUCUGACACUGCAGUGUGAGUGUGCAUGGAGGAAUGUGUUAUCCCUGUGUGACAGGGCCACUCACACUCUACCCUGUCCUGCCUCAUAUGUCUUCCUUUAUGAUAGCUCUUUUAAUGAGCACAACAGUCGUUAUAGUGCUAACUAAGUCGUCUACUGCUAAAACAGACAAUGAAGCAUUUAUACACUUAGACAGCGCUCUCUUUUUCUCUCUCUUUCUCUCUCUUUCUUUCUCUUUCAUACACGCACACACACACCUACACACACAGAGAGAGAGAUAGAGAGAGAGCAGGAUUGUGGUGUGAGGGUGGUACUCUGACAGACAGUUUAUUUAAUUAAAGCUCUAUUCAUGUGUGGUCACUAAGCUCAGUUGUGACCAGCCUGUGAAAUGAAACACUCUUUUAUAGUUCCAAUAUAGCUGCCAUUCAUCUGCUGCCUGUAUUAAUGGGCUGGCUAAUAACAGAUCCUCGAAAGGUGCUUGUUGUGUACAUAUUCAUUAACACAAGGAGCUCAGUGCUCAGAUGGGCAUGUUAACCAGUAGUCCUAUCUUACUUCUGUCAUAAACAGUUAUCUUAGUGUCACAAACUGCCAUAAAUGUUUUAGUUAUGAGAUAGUUAAUGCAGCUACUAUAAUGCAUCCAGUAAAGACAAAGGCAGUCCAGUUCAGUUGUUGGAAUGUGCAGUGUUAAAUGACAUAGUUGCUGUGCUCCGGAAAUGCACAGAUUUAGUAUGCUAACUUAGAUCCAGGGAAGGACAGAGACCGGAGUGAGAGGUGGGGAGGGAGGAAUGGGAGUUGUUGGAGGGAGAGAGUAUUGGGGAACUGGGUCAUCUGAAUUAGUAUCCAAUACAGCUUAAUUUCUACUGCCAGGGAGCUCUGCUUCCAUCCAGCAGCUAUGGGAGGUAUAAUUACAUAGUUCUGGCACUGGGCCUCUGUUGAUUGGCUGGCUCGGUUUAUAUACUCUAUUAGCUAUGCUGGUUGAUUUUAAACUCUCUGUUAGCUAUGCCGGCUGGGUUUUGGCCCUAUGAUAGCUUGGUUAGAUCCUACAGUGCCUUGCAAAAGUAUUCAGCCCCCUUUUCGUUUUUCCUAUUUUGUUGCAUUACAACCUGUAAUUUAAAUUGAUUUUUAUUAGGAUUUCAUGUAAUGGAUAUACACAAAAUAGUCCAACUUGGUGAAGUGAAAUGAAAAAAAUAACUUGUUUCAAAAAAUUCUACAAAAUAAAUAACGGAAAAGUGGUGCGUGCAUAUGUAUUCACCCCCUUUGCUAUGAAGCCCCUAAAUAAGAUCUGGUGCAACCAAUUACCUUCAGAAGUCACAUAAUUAGUUAAAUAAAGUCCACCUGUGUGCAAUCUUAAGUGUCACAUGAUCUGUCACAUGAUCUCAGUGUAUAUAUACACCUGUUCUGAAAGGCCCCAGAGUCUGCAACACCACUAAGCAAGGGGCACCACCAAGCAAGCGGCACCAUGAAGACCAAGGAGCUCUCCAAACAGGUCAGGGACAAAGUUGUGGAGAAGUACAGAUCAGGGUUGGGUUAUAAAACAAUAUCCGAAACUUUGAACAUCCCACGGAGCACCAUUUAAAUCCAUUAUUAAAAAAUGAAAAUAAUAUGGCACCACAACAAACCUGCCAAGAGAGGGCCUCCCACCAAAACUCACGGACCAGGCAAGGAGGGCAUUAAUCAGAGGCAACAAAGACACCAAAGAUAACCCUGAAGGAGCUGCAAAGCUCCACAGCGGAGAUUGGAGUAUCUGUCCAUAGGACCACUUUAAGCCGUACACUCCACAGAGCUGUGCUUUACGGAAAAGUGGCCAGAAAAAAGCCAUUGCUUAAAGAAAAAAAAUAAGCGAACACUUUUGGUGUUCACCAAAAGGCAUGUGGGAGACUCCCCAAACAUAUGGAAGAAGGUACUCUGGUCAGAUGAGACUAAAAUUGAGCUUUUUGGCGAUCAAGGAAAACGCUAUGUCUGGCACAAACCCAACACCUCUCAUCACCCCGAGAACACCAUCCCCAUAGUGAAGCAUGGUGGUGUCAGCAUAAUGCUGUGGGGAUGUUUUUCAUCGGCAGGGACUGGGAAACUGGUCAGAAUUGAAGGAAUGAUGGAUGGCGCUAAAUACAGGGAAAUUCUUAAGGGAAAUCUGUUUCAGUCUUCCAGAGAUUUGAGAUUGGGAUGGAGGUUCACCUUCCAGCAGGACAAUGACCCUAAGCAUACUGCUAAAGCAACCCUUGAGUGGUUUAAGGUGAAACAUUUAAAUGUCUUCGAAUGUCCUAGUCAAAGCCCAGACCUCAAUCCAAUUGAGAAUCUGUUGUAUGACUUAAAGAUUGCUGUACACCAGCGGAACCCAUCCAACUUGAAGGAGCUGGAGCAGUUUUACCUUGAAGAAUGGGCAAAAUUCCCAGUGUCUAGAUGUGCCAAGCUUAUAGAGACAUACCCCAAGAGACUUGCAGCUGUAAUUGCUGCUGGCUCUACAAGUAUUGACUUUGGGGUGGGGUUAAUAGUUAUGCACGCUCAAGUUUUCUGUUUUUUUGUCUUAUUUCUUUUUUGUUUCACUUUUUAUUUAUUUAGCAUCUUCAAAGUGGUAGGCAUGUUGUUUAAAUUAUAUGAUACAAACCCCCAAAAAAUCCAUUUUAAUUCCAGGUUGUAAGGCAACAAAAUAGGAAAAAUGCCAAGGGGGGUGAAUACUUUCGCAAGCCACUGUAUGCUAGCUACAUUGGCUGGUUUCAGUCCCGAUGUCCUACAUAGGCUUUAGGUCUAAAAAAUAACAGGCCCAAAGUUAUAACAUCUAUAGAAGAGACAGGAAUGCCAAUGGGGGAGGUGUUGCUAUAUAUAUUCAGUCAUAUUCCUGUAAAUCUUCAAAUCACAUUUUAUUGGUCACAUACACAUAUUUAGCAGAUGUUAUUGUGGGUGUAGCGAACUGCUUGUGUUUCUAGCUCCAACAGUGCAGUAAUAUCUAACAAUUCACAACAAUACACACAAUACACACAUCUAAAAGUAAAAUAAUGGAAUUAAGAAAUAUAUAAAUAUUAGGACGAGCAAUGUCGGAGUGGCAUAGACUAAAAUACAGUAGAAUAGAAAAUAAUACAGUAUAUACAUAUGAGAUGAGUAAAGCAAAAAUAUGUAAACAUUAAAGUGACUAGUGUUCCAUUAUUAAAGUGGCCAGUGAUUCCAAGUCUAUGUAUAUAGGGCAGCAGCCUCUUAAGGUGCAGGGUUACGUAACCGGGUGGAAGCCGCCUAGUGAUGGCUAUUUUACAGUCUGAUGGUCUUGAGAUAGAAGCUGUUUUUCAGUCUCUCGGUCCCAGCUUUGAUGCACUUGUACUGACCUCGCCUUCUGGAUGAUAGCGGGGUGAACAGGCAGUGGCUCAGGUGGUUGUUGUCCUUGAUUAACUUUUUGUCCUUCCUGUGACAUCGGGUGCUGUAGGUGUCCUGGAGGGCAGGUAAAUUGCCCCCGGUGAUGCGUUGGGUAGACCACACCACCCUCUGGAGAUCCCUGCGGUUGCGGGUGGUGCAGUUGCCGUACCAGGCGGUGAUACAGCCCGACAGGAUGCUCUCAAUUGUGCAUCUGUGAACGUUUGUGAGGGUUUUAGGUGCCAAGCCAAAUUUCUUCAGCCUCCUGAAAACUUGAGCGUGCAUAACUAUUCACCCCACCCCAAAGUAAAUACUUGUAGAGACGCUUGUGCGCCUUCUUCGCUUUUGCGCCUUCCUCACACUGUCUGUGUGGGUGGACCAUUUCAGAUCGUCAGUGAUGUGUACGCUGAGGAACUUGAGUCUUUCCACCUUCUCCGCUGCGGUCCCGUCGAUGUGGAUUGGGGCGUGCUCCUUCUGCUGUUUCCUGAAGACCACGAUCAGCUCCUUUUAUUUUGUUGACGUUGAGGGAGAGGUUAUUUCCUGGCACCUCACUCUCAGGGCCCUCACCUCCUCUCUGUAGGCUGUCUCGUCAUUGUUUGUAAUCAGGCCUACUACUGUUGUGUCGUCUGAGAACUUGAUGAUUGAGUUGGAGGUGUGCGUGGCCACGCAGUCAUGGGUGAAAAGGGAGUACAGGAGGGGGCUGAGCACGCACCCUUGUGGGGCCCCUGUGUUGAGGAUCAGCGAAGUGGAGGUGUUGUUUCCUACCUUCACCACCUGGAGGCGGCCUGUCAGGAAGUCCAGGACCCAGUUGCACAGGGCGGGGUUCAGACCCAGGGCCCGAGCUUAAUGAUGAGCUUGGAGAUCCUCUUAGAGAGGAUCUCAUGUCAAAUGCUGUUGAAGUCAUAUGGCUACAGGUUCACCUGCCUAUUAUUGUGGGAAGUUACUAUAGACCACCUAACAGUCCGUAUCUGGAUAAUACGUGUGAAAAUGUUUGAUGGUGUAUGUGAUAUUAACAGAGAGGUAUACUUUCUGGGUGACCUAAAUAUUGACUGGUUUUCAUCAAGCUGUCCAAUCAACAACAACAACAAAAAAGCUCCAAACUGUAACCAGUGCCUGCAAUCUGGUUCAGGUAAUCAGUCAACCUACCAGGUUAUAUACAAACAGCACAGGAAAUAAAUUAUCCACGUGUAUUGAUUACAUCUUUAUUAAUGCUGCCGAAAUCUGCUCUAAAGCAAUAUCCACACCCAUCGGAUAUAGUGAUCAUAAUAUAGUAGCCAUAUCUAGAAAAAAGUACCAAAGGCUGGGCCUAAAAUUGUGUAUAAGAGAUAUACAAGAAGUACUGUAGUGAUUCCCAUGUUGAAGAUGUAAAGAAUAUUUACUGGUCUGUUGUGUAUAAUGAGGAGCAACCAGAUGCCGCACUUCACGCAUUUAUGACAUUUCUUCUUCCAGUUACUAAUAAGCAUGCUUCCAUUAAGAAACUGACUGUAAAAACUGCAAAAUCCCCAUGGGUUGAUGAGGAAUUUAAAAAUUGUAUGGUUGAGAGUGACGAGGCAAAAGGAAUGGCAAAUUAGUCUAGCUGCACAGCCAAUUGGCAAAUAUAUUGUAAAUUGAGAAAUCAUGUGACUAAACUAGACAAAAAGAAGAGGUUAAGUGUUCAGAGAUAUAAAGGAUUUUAGUAAAAAGCUUUCGAGCACCCGAAAUAAUAAAAUGUUAGGCAAGAAGGCAAACUCAGCUCCAUCCUUCAUUGAAUCAGAUGGCUCAUUCAUCACAAAAUCCUCUGAUAUUGCAAACUACUUUAAUUACUUUUUCAUUGGCAAGAUUAGUAAACGUAGGCAUGACAUGCCAACAACAAACUGUGAACCUUCAUAUCCAUGCAGAACUGACCAAAUUAUGAAAGACAAGCAUUGUCAUUUGGAAUUCCAUAAAGUGAGCGUGGAAGAGGUGAACAAAUUAUUGUCUAUCAAUAAUAACAAACCACCUGGUACUGACACCCUGGAUGAAAAAUUACUGAGGAUUGUACCAGACUAUAUUGACACUCCUAUUUGCCAUCUCUUCAAUCUAAGUCAACAGGAAAGUGUGUCCCCUCAGGCCUGGAGGGAAGCAAAAGUCAUACUCUUACCCAAGAAUAGCAAAGCACCCUUUACUGGUUCAAACAUCCGACCAAUCAGCCUGCUAGCGACCCUCAGUAAACUUUUGGAGAAAACAUUUGUUUGACCAGAUACAAUGCUAUUUCACAGUAAAAAAAAUUACAACUGACUUUCAGAACAUUUAUAGGGAAGGGCACUCAACAUUUACGGCACGAACACAAGUGAUUAAUGAUUGGCUGAAAUAAAUGUAUUCAUUUUGUUCGAUUUCAGUGCAGCUUUUGACAUUAUCGAUCAUGGUCUGCUGCUGGAAAAACGUAUGUGUUAUGGCUUUACGCCCCCUGCUAUAUUGUGGAUAAAGAGUUACCUGUCUAACAGAACAGAGGGUGUUCUUUAUUGGAAGCCUCUCCAACAUAAUCCAGGUAGAAUCAGGAAUUCCCCAGGGCUGCUGUCUAGGCCCCUUACUUUUUUCAAUCUUUACUAACGACAUGCCACUGGCUUUGAGUAAAGCCAGUGUGUCUAUGUAUGCGGAUGACUCAACACUAUACACAUCAUCUACUACAGCGACUGAAAUGACUGCAGUUAGUUUCAGAGUGGGUGGCAAGGAAUAAGUUAGUCCUAAAUAUUUCUAAAACUAAAAGCAUUUCAUUUGGGACAAGUCUGUCCAUAAUAAAGCGCUGCUCUACCUUAACAGCACUAUCAACAAGGCAGGUUCUACAGGCCCUAGUUUUGUCACACCUGGACUACUGUUCAGUCGUGUGGUCAGGUGCCACAAAGAGGGACUUAGGAAAAUUGCAAUUGGCUCAAACAGGGCAGCACGGCUGGCCCUUGGAUGUACACAGAGAGCUAACAUUAAUAAUAUGCAUGUCAAUCUCUCCUGACUCAAAGUGGAGGAGAGAUUGACUUCAUCACUACUUGUAUUUGUCAGAAGUAUUGACAUGUUGAAUGCACCGAGCUGUCUGUUGACUAGCACACAGCUCAGACACCCAUGCAUACCCCACAAGACAUGCCACCAGAGGUCUCUUCACAGUCCCCAAGUCCAGAACAGACUAUGGGAGACGCACAGUUAUACAUAGAGCCAUGACUACAUGUAACUGAUGCAAGCAGUAAAAUUUGAUUUAAAAAAACAGUUAAAAAAUACACCGUAUGGAACAGCGGAAACUGUGAAGCAACACAAACAUAGGCACAGACGCAUGUAUACACACACGAUAACAUACGCACUAUACACACACGAUAACAUGGAUUUUGUGUUGUAGAUAUGUGGUAGUAGAGUAGGGGCCUGAGGUCACACACUUAAUGUGUUUUGAAAUCUGUUGUGAACGUAUUGUAAUGUUUUUUAAAUGUAUAACUGCCUUAAUUUUGCUGGACCCCAGGAAGAGUAGCUUCUGCCUUGACAGCAGCUAAUGAGGAUCCAUAAUAAAUACAAAUACCUGUUUCGUUUUGGUUGUUGUCAGUGACUCUUUGUUAGUUCACCCUUCUGUUUGAGCGACAUUUUUAGUUUUCUUGCUGGGGAACGAAACAACACACACAUUCAGUGGCAGCGUAGUGAUGCCUGGAGCAGCGGGUAUACUUUAAUUUUGUUAAAUUUUUUCCAAAUGGCCCGUCCGGCGAAGGAAAGGUGCCCUGUGUGAAAAAUUAUAUGAGAAACAGUGACAUACACGCUGACCUAAAAUGAUACAUCCCAUAUUGGUUACCCUUUCAAGUCAAAAUCAUUUUUCCUGUUCCUUAAUUGUUUGAAACCUGGAUGUUUUACUUCAUAUUAUGAGGCAUGUCUUACCUUGCUUCAAAGUAGCCUAUAGGCAAACUCCCACUAUAGAAAUGUGGAGGCAAUUAUUUUAUAAAGACUUACUGUCACGCCCUGACUUAUGGGACUCUAGUAUGUUGAGUCAGGGUGUGGAGUUCUAUGUUGUUAUUUCUAUGUUCUCGUUCUAGGUUGUGUGUUUCUAUGUUUGGCUGGGUGUGAUUCCCAAUCAGAGGCAGCUGUCGCUCGUUGUCUCUGAUUGGGGAUCAUAAUGUAGCCUGUUUGCAUCAUUAGUUGUGGGAUCUUGUUCCGUGUAUAGGCUUGUAUUGUGUUUAGCCUGAGGACUUCACGUUACGUUGUUUUGUUGUUUGUGUGUUUAUUUUGAUUAAAUAAACAUGUAUGCAUUUCACGCUGUGCCUUGGUCUGACCCGUCCUUCAACGACCGUGACAGAAGAUCCCACCAAACACGGACCAAGCAGCAUGCCCAAGAGCAAACACCCUGGACACAGGCGGGGAAGAUUUGGUCUUGGGAGGAGAUAUUUGCGGGGAAAAGACCAUGGGCGAAGGUAGAUGCCCAGGCAGGAGAGGAGCAACGGCAACACAGAGGGCGCCGGCCAAGGAGGAAGCCCGAGAGGCAGCCCCAAUAAACAUUUUUUGGGGGGCUAAAGGAGUGGUCGGGGAGCAAGAGAGAAGAGCCCCGACCACUGCACCCGGUGGGUUUCCAGUUUGAGUCCCUACGACCAUGGGAAGAAGAGUGAGAACAGUUUUAUACUGAGGAGUCGGAGGAUGACGACGACGAUGAGUUUCUGUUCUCUAACUCGUGGGGGCUCCCGGAGGAGUCCUCACUGGAGGAGGAGUGCCGAGAGAGAGAGAAGAAAUCGGAUCUGCAGGGUAAGAGAGGAGGCCACCACAUUACGGGGGCUGAUAGUAAGAAUAGAGCGGGAGAGCUCCAUUCAAGAGGAGGCACUGCAGGAGGCUUGUAGGGAGAAGGAGGAAGUAGAUGCACGGAGAGAGGAGCUGGUUAGGCAACAUAAGGAGCGUGGGUUAAUAGAGGAACCCAUGUAUGCAGAGAUACGCACUGUAUCGCCAGUGCGCAUGCACAGCCCUGUGCGUUCUGUGCCAGCGCCCCGCACGUGUCGUGCGAAAGUGGGCAGCCAGCCAGGACGGGUUGUGCCGGCUCAACGCUCCUGGUCUCCAGUGCACCUCCAAGGUCCAGUAUAUCCUGCUCCGGUUCUACGCACUGUGUCACCAGUGCACCUUACCAGUCCUGUGCGGCCCGUACCUGCUCCUCGCACCAAGCCAGUGGCGUGUGUCCCCAGUCCGGUCCGGCCCGUUCCUGCUCCUCGCACCAGACCAGUGGUGCGUGUUCCCAGUCCGGCCCGGCCCAUUCCUGCUCCUCGCACCAAGCCUGUGGUGUGUGUCCCCAGUCCGGCCCGGCCUGUUCCUGCUCCUCGCACCAGACUAGUGGUGCGUGUUCCCAGUCCGGCACGGCCUGUGCCUGCUCCCCGCACCAAGCCAGUGGUGUGUGUCGCCAGUCCGGCCCGGCCCGUUCCUGUUCCUCGCACCAAGCCAGUGGUGCGUGUUCCCAGUCCGGUACGGCCCGUUCCUGCUCCUCGCACCAAGCCAGUGGUGCGUGUUCCUAGUCCGGCCCGGCCCGUUCCUGCUCCUUGCACCAAACCAGUGGUGCGUGUUCCCAGUCCAGUCCGGACGUUCCUGUUCCUCGCACCAAGCCAGUGGUGCGUGUUCCCAGUCCGGCACGGCCCGUGCCUGCUCCCCGCACCAAGCCAGUGGUGUGUGUCGCCAGUCCGGCCCGGCCCGUUCCUGUUCCUCGCACCAAGCCAGUGGUGCGUGUUCCCAGUCCGGUACGGCCCGUUCCUGCUCCUCGCACCAAGCCAGUGGUGCGUGUUCCUAGUCCGGCCCGGCCCGUUCCUGCUCCUUGCACCAAACCAGUGGUGCGUGUUCCCAGUCCGGUCCGGACGUUCCUGUUCCUCGCACCAAGCCAGUGGUGCGUGUUCCCAGUCCGGUACGGCCCGUCCCUGCUCCCCGCACCAAGCCAGUGGUGCGUGUCGCCAGUCCGGCCCAGCCCGGCCCGUUCCUGCUCCUCGCACCAAGCCAGUGGUGCGUGUGUCCAGUCCGGCACGGCCCAUGCCCGUUCCACCGGUGCCUGCUCCACUCCGGAGCCAGAGCAGUCCGCUCCAACGGUGCCUGAUCCAGCUCCGGUCAGCGGCUCCGCUCCACCGGUGCCCAGUCCAGCUCCGGUCAGCGGCUCCAGUCCAGACUCAGACGUCAGCUCCUCUCCAGGUUCGGGGUCUCCCACACCAGGGUCCAGACAGGGCUUGGUACAUUGUGGGAGGAAGGAGAGGGGAAGCAGCGCGCCAAGGUCCAGACCAGACCAGGGGCGCAACGGGGAGGCUGAGAGAAUGUGGUCGUCACGCCCGGAGCCGGAUCCGCCUCCGAGGCGGAAUGCCCACCCGGACCCUACCCUGUUAUGUCAGGUUUGUGCGGUCGGAGUCCGCACCUUUGGGGGGGGGGGGGGGGGGUACUGUCACGCCCUGACUUAUGGGACUCUAGUAUGUUGAGUCAGGGUGUGGAGUUCUAUGUUGUUAUUUCUAUGUUCUCGUUCUAGGUUGUGUGUUUCUAUGUUUGGCCGGGUGUGAUUCCCAAUCAGAGGCAGCUGUCGCUCGUUGUCUCUGAUUGGGGAUCAUACUUAAUGUAGCCUGUUUGCAUCAUUAGUUGUGGGAUCUUGUUCCGUGUAUAGGCUUGUAUUGUGUUUAGCCUGAGGACUUCGCGUUACGUUGUUUUGUUCGUGUGUUUAUUUUGAUUAAAUAAACAUGUAAGCAUUUCACGCUGCGCCUUGGUCUGACCCGUCCUUCAACGACCGUGACACAUACUCAUAUGCGUCAACAUUUUAAGCUAAAUAUUCCGAUCUGUUCCAUCAGCCCUAUUAAUUGACAUGGCAUAUACCUCCACUACACUACUUUGAUACGUAUCAGUGGGGAUUAAGAAGUGAGUACACACAAUGCCCACUGAAAAAUAAGUGGGUAUACCUGCAUAUACCCUCCAAUACACCACUGCACACAUUGUAAUGUUGUAGUAUUGUGGAUUUUAUAUUGUACAUUUGUAAUAAUAAUAAUGUCUUGGAGGAUGUAUUGUUGAUGGAAAUUUGAAUGUACAGAGAUAUCGUGACGAGAUCCUGAGGCCCAUUGUAGUUUUAACCCUGUUUGGACCCCAGGAAGAGUUGCAGCAGCUAAUGGGGAUCCUAAUAAAUACUACACUGAACAAAAAUAUAAACGCAACAUGUAAAAUGUUGGUUCCAUGUUUCAUGAGCUGAAAUAAAAGAUCCCCAGAAAUUUUCCAUAUGCACAAAAAGCUUAUUUAUCUCAAAUUUUGGCCACAAAUCCCUGUUAUGGGCAGGCAUAAGCUAUGGACAACGAACAGAAUUGCAUUUUAUUGAUGGAAAUUUGAAUGUACAGAGAUAUCGUGACGAGAUCCUGAGGCCCAUUGCAGUGCCAUUCAUCCGCCACCAUCACCUCAUGUUUCAGCAUGAUGACGCACGGACCCAUGUCGCAAGGAUCUGUACACAAUUCCUGGAAGCUGAAAAUGCAUUCGGUGUCAGUGUGGAGAACAGGAAGGAAACACACACACACACGACACCCCAUCCACACUUAGCAGGCUAUCGCUAACUCUAGCUGCAGAGCUUUAAGAGGAAGUUGACAUUACAGAGAGAUAUGCUCUAUGCAUUGGCUAAGACAACAUAUGCAUGUGAAAAUGCUUAGGCAUUUGUUUUUGGAUACCUUAUAUUGGGGGGUGAGGGGGUUGAGGUCGUGGGGAUAGUAAACACUGGAUGGGGCAGCUGUCAAAUGGGACUGUCGACACCUGAUUGGGCAACUUGUAAGUACUAAACUGGAACAUGCAAUUAAAAAGUGUCCUGUUAUUGAAUUGGGACUGGAAAAUUGUAGGCCUACUGCACUUAAUCAGAGUUUGCACUUAUUAGGAGUGGACUAUAUUAUUCUGGUGCUCCCUUGUCUGAGCUGAGGCUUAUAUCAUUAAACUGGCCUUAGGUUAGCUGUCUGUGUGCCGCCAGAGUCAUGGCAACCUGUCUAGGUUAGGGUUGGAGUUAGUAUGGUGUGCUGCCUGCUCUGAGUAGGAGUUGCAGAUCUAGGAUCAGUUUAACGUUACUCUUACUAAAUUUUAAACUUGACAAUUAGGGUGCAAAACUGACCUUAGAUCAGUGGCUAUGGGACACUUCAUCCUACUUCUUUGGGCGCUCAGGUUUCAUUCCUCGAAUCCCAUUAUGUUUCUCACUGCUCUCCCUGCAUUCAAUAGGCACUGUGAUAAGGAGACGAGACUGUGUGUGUCCCAGCCCCUCUGACAAACCGUCCAACUAUUUACGACCUCAGCUGAUUCCUGUCUUACUUCAUUAGCUCUAGAAAUGAGACCACACUCUAAAAUUAUCCCCCUGUGCACUCUAUAACCCCCCAACCACCAACCCUAUACACAAACCACACACUGGGAAAGACUGGGAAACUUGUUUUAGUGUCAGAGAGGGAGUGAUCCAUUGUAGCUGAUGAUGUCAUUCUGUUCUGCUCAGGGUGCCUCAGUGCCAAAUCCAGCUGAACAUGUGUUCUAGACUGCUGAACUGGAACAGAUACUAGUGUUCUACGUCCAUAGUUCCCGAAACACAUGUUAUCACCUAUCCUUAAUCACUGAAUUAACAACAUAUUACUAUGUUGUUUUUCAUGUCAUCAUCGGGUGUGAAUAGAACAAAUAUGUGCAAUGCCUUGAUUUCCCAGAGGAACGGAUUGAAGAACACUGUUGUAAUGAACCAGUCAUAUAGUAAACAUAGUGAACAUGUUUGUGUUAUAUGAUACAGUAGUAAACCCUCUCAUAUCCCCCCUCCCCCAGGCGCUGUGUGGCUGUACGGUGAACAUUCCCACCCUGGAUAUCCGCGUCAUCCCACUAACCUGCCAUGACGUCAUAAAGCCGGGGACGGUAAAGCGGCUGAGGGGGGAGGGCCUGCCCCUCCCUAAGAGCCCCACCCAGCGCGGCGACCUCAUAGUAGAGUUCACGGUUCGCUUCCCAGACAGGAUCCCUCCCCAGUCCAGAGAGAUCAUCAGAAAACACCUGCCCCAGUCUUAG